UGUAUAUAUAAUGGUAAUUAAAUGGUGGACAUGUUGGAAUUUAGACUUUGAAAUUUCUUUUGUUUAUCCUGACAACAAACUCCACAAUCUCUACUGGAAGUUCUUGAUAAACAAAAUAUUUUGCAAUGGAAGAUAAUUUUGUCAAUAUAAUUGGUGAACAAUUUGUGAACGAGUCUAGCUCUUUGUCAGACAAAUUCCGGGCCUUGUUUGCAUUAAAGAAUGCUGGUGGUAACCAGGCUAUAGACUGGAUAUGCAAAGGUUUUGAACAUAAAUCUGCUUUGCUGAAACAUGAAUGUGCUUACUGCCUUGGGCAAAUGCAAAAUGAAUAUGCAAUACCAAUGUUGAUAAGUGUGCUAAGUGAUAAACUACAGGAUCCCAUGGUCCGGCACGAGGCUGCAGAGGCCUUAGGAGCAAUCGGUUCUCCGGAUGUAAUUAAUAUAUUAACACAAUAUAAAGACGACAGUCAAGUAGAGGUAGCAGAAACGUGUGAAAUAGCUCUUGAAAGGAUAAAAUGGCUACAAGAAAACGAGAGGAACGAGAAAGAUAAAAUAAGCACAAAUCCGUACAACUCCGUCGAUCCAGCUCCACCAGAAGUCGUCACAGAAGCUGAUGUUGUUUCUUUAAGGAAUACUUUACUGGACGAGUCUCUCGCCUUAUUCAAACGCUAUAGAGCUUUAUUUUCACUCCGAAAUAUUGGUGGAGUUUCUGCAGUGUUGGCUAUAGCAGAGGGUUUGAAAUGUAAGAGCGCUCUUUUUCGUCAUGAAAUAGCGUACGUGUUGGGACAAAUGCAAAAUGAAGCAUGUGUUGCCCAUCUUAAACAGUGUCUGGAAAAGUCCAAUGAAAGUGCAAUGGUGAGGCAUGAAUGCGCUGAAGCACUCGGUGCCAUCGCGAAGGGGGAUUGUCGUAAGAUCCUAGAAACGUUUGUGAACGAUAGGGAAGAGGUUGUGAAGGAAAGCUGUAUCGUUGCCUUGGAUAUGCACGAUCACGAAGUCAGUAACGACUUGGAAUACACGAAGACUGUGGACAGAAUGGCAAACUGUGUACCUUCGUGUUAAAUAUAUUACAAAUAAGAAGUAUUAUUACAUAUUAUAAGAAUUGUGCUACCAAA